AGAGAGGUGUGAGGCGCCGCCCUUUGCCUACCUGAGCGCAGGUUGUGGGUUCCCAUGGCAACAGGGAAGAGGGUUAGUUAUGAAGACGCCUCCUUGUCCCCUCAGCUGCUAAAAUUGUUAUCUUCGCGCAAGAGGGUUUUUUGGGGUGCAACUGGGCCAUGGCUUCUUGAGUUAGAGGGCAACAGGUUUCUCUGCAGCUGUUCAGAAAAGAAUGAAGCCAUGCGUAAGGGAGAAGUCUAUAAUCUGUUGGAUGCUGCUUGUGAAUAAGCUAAAAUGACUGUGAAAUUGCUCUCUCUUCUGCCUGUGCCAUCUGUGCUCUUGGCUUUCUGCCUUGCCACAAGGAGUGAGCAGGAAAGGACAGCAGCUUUACAAGAAUUCUUUUCGCUGACGGUUUCAUCUAAUUUAUCGUGUGUGGACCCAGAUCACUUCCAUGAUCACACUAUUUGGACCCAGCAAGAACAGGUUAAUCAUUUGUUCUGCCCUUUGGAUAACCAGAGCCUCCAGCUUCUUCAGUCUACCUCAAACUUUAGCAUCCAGUGGAGCAAAAACUGUCAUCUGCUUAACUUCACUGCAUUAAGCCACCUGCACAGCACACUGCAGAACACAACAACAUACCUCACCUUUGAGCACGCAAAUGCCAGCGAUGCAGGCAACUAUACCUGCACGCUCUACUUGAACGAUCAGAGAAACAGCUCCUUCACUGUCCGGCUGGUCAUGGCAGACAUUUGCAGUGUCCUUCCUCGUUUCCUUUACCCCUCCAGCAAUCUGACUUUGCAACGUGAUUUGGGAAGCCAGUUUACACUGAACUGCACUGUGCAGCUGCCCUACACGAAAAGCUGUGAUUUUGGCCUCCACUGGAUGAAAGAUGACCAGUUGCUAGACAACGAGACCUAUGCUGCUUCUACUCAUUGGUUCAAUGACAAUAAAUCAGAGAUAUUCAUCUCCAGCACUUUGGAUAUGAAUGUAACAACAGAUGAAAUUUAUGGAGCAUUUGCCUGCUUGGUUAGAAACAGUACAGCAGUUUUCACACUGCAAAAAUCAGCAGAGACUGCUGGGCACUUGGGCGCUGUGCUAGCUGCACUUUUCACGGUGGCACUGCUGUUACUAAUGGCUGUGAUGUAUGUGAAGUGUCGUCUGAAUGUGCUCCUCUGGUACAGAAACCGUCAUGGAGAGGUGGAGAUCAAUGAUGGAAAGCUGUAUGAUGCCUAUGUGUCUUACUCUAACUCAACGGAUGAUAGAAAGUUUGUCAACUUCAUAGUGAAGCCACAGCUGGAGAAUCGUCACGGCUACAAGAUUUUCCUGGAUGAUAAAGACAUCCUGCCCAAUUCAGAACCUUCUGCAGAUCUGAUUAUGAAUGUCAGCCGGUGCCGCCGCCUCAUUGUGGUUCUCUCUAAUGCAUAUCUGGAACAGGAAUGGUGCAACAAUAAUUUCAGGGAAGGUCUUUGGAGGCUGCUGGAACUAUCCCGGAGGCCAAUCUUCAUUGUCUUUGAGAGCCAGUACCGAGAAAUAGCACAUCCAGCCAUAAAUUUGCUGAAGCAGCAGAAGAGCACAGUGACCCUUCUGAUGUGGCGUGCUGGGUCCAUGGCGCCUUCAUCUGAUUUUUGGAAGGAACUGUGCCUCGCCCUGCCACGAAAAGUGUCCUAUCAAGGCCUCAGGGGAGACCCCCAGACCAGUUUCCAGGAAGACAAGGACCCUAUGCUGAUCCUCAACAGCAAUUACUUGGAUUUCCGGGGGGAUUCGCACCCUGAAGGAGACUCUGGUGGCAGGGGGUCCAUUUUCAAAGGCGCACCGCCUCCUCCCAUGAGUGGCCCUGAUGGUCCUCCACUUGGUGCUUUGGAAGAAAUACAGCUUGGGGAAAACCAAAGGAGUGAGAUUGACAUCUCUGAUUUGGGAUCUCGGAACUAUGGAGCAAGGACAGAUUUCUACUGCCUGGUGACAGAGGAUGAUAUCUAAGAGAUGCUGGAAUUUUCCUUGGUGAAACUGAUUAUCACGAUGUGCCUUGACAAUGACAAUCGGCUUGGGUAGUUUCUUUGAUCCAUAA